CCGUCGCAAAAACACAAAGGUGUUGAAAUUGAUAAUUUGCAAUAAGCAAUAAAAAACAGUCUUGUUUGCGUCUUCUUCGAUUACGCCGGGCAAUCAAUUCAUUCGCCCCGAGUUCUCACUGCGGCUGGUCAUUUCAUAACAUUGUUUGGCGCCAUAAGCUGAAAUAAUGAAGAUUUGGAUAACAAUACUUUUCGUUAUUAAAUUAACAAUUGCGUCGCCACCUCCUAUAGUGCUAUGGCAUGGAAUGGGAGAUACCUGCUGCCUGCCAUUUAGCUUGGGUAAAUUUAGUGUAUUCCUAGAGACUAUAAUCCCAGGGGUGUAUGUCAAGUCUAUCAGAAUUGGAAACAACAAUAUUGAAGAUCUGGAGAACAGCUACUUUAUGAACCCUAAUAAACAAGUAAGAAUUGCAUGUGACCAACUGGCUGCUGAUCCUAAAUUGACAAAUGGUUUUAAUGCCAUUGGAUUCUCACAAGGUAGCCAAUUCAUGAGAGCUUUGGUACAGAGAUGUGGUGAUAAGUUAUCUAUCAAGAACCUGAUCACACUCGGAGGUCAACACCAGGGAGUAUACGGUUUACCUCAUUGUGGUGCAUUAAAACACAAAUCUUGCGACUAUGUGAGGAAAAUCAUCAACUAUGCAGCUUAUUAUGAUUGGGUUCAAGAGUCCUUGGUCCAGGCCACGUAUUGGCAUGAUCCCCUCAAGCAAGAGACGUACAAGGAGAAAAGCCAGUUCCUAGCGGACAUAAACAACGAGCGAACCAUAAACAGAACGUACAUAGAGAAUCUGUACUCGCUACGGAACUUCGUGAUGAUAAAGUUCAACAACGACAGCAUUGUGCAACCGCGUGAAACGGAAUGGUUCGGAUUCUACGCGCCGGGGCAAGCACAGAAAUUGAUUACGCUACAAGAAUCUGAUCUUUAUAAACAGGAUAGGCUGGGUUUAAAAGCGAUGGACGACGCAGGAAAGCUUGCGUUUCUGUCCUCGCCCGGUGAUCAUCUUCAGUUCGACAGAGAUUGGUUUAUCAAGACAGUCGUCCAGCCUUACUUGACGAACCCAGCUGACUCAAAGAAAGAUGAAGAAAAUUAAAUUUGAUACGGAAUAUUGUAACCCCAGCACGAAUAACUAGCGAGAAAGAUUCGUAUCGCCAUCGUCAAAGUUUCUAUGGAAACUAACUUGGUUAUAUACAUACUAGAUAGGUACCGUAUUACUGCAUGGAAGCGGUACAAAAAUAUCUACUACAUAUGGUAGGUAUACUCGUCGCUACACACGCACACAUUGAUUGCUUUAGUAUAACCUAUAUAUCUAUUGUUAUAGAACAUGUUGAAGUGUUGUCUCUAAAUCUGAAAUGAAAUAGAAAUCAGUCAUUGAAAUUGUAUACCGAUACUUUUGGGUUUUGUUCAAUAUUGUUGUUGAGAAGUUUAAAGCACAAGUCUAGUGAGGUGAGUGUAAAAACUUCACAAGAUUCAAAUGCAUUGAUGGUUUGUAUUCAUUACGGUUGGUUCAUGAAAUUAUUAAACUUGAUGUAUGAUGAUCAAAAUUGAUACAUAUAUAACAAAGUUUUAAAUUUAGCUCAUUAAUUUUCAAUCACAAGCCUUAUUUCUUUGCUCAUAAAGCUCAUUUUGGGUGAGAAUAAAUUAACGUGCAGUUGUAACCUUUUUUUCGCACUCUGAAAUAUUCACUCUGUACUCAGAUCUAAAAUUUCAUAUCCCUGAUCAGUUACCCAAGCCCGAACUUCCACAGCUCCUUAUUUGUAUCGCCAACGUCAAAGUUUCUAUAGAAAUUAAGCAGCGCCCCUACCGGACAUAACAACAAACUGGCUUUUGCCAUACAAACUGACGAUGGUGAUACGAUUAUAGUUGCGCACGCUUGGCGUUCUGAACCUAGGCUAGAAAACGGAAUGUAGGAAUAACAAGUUAUUUUCACCAUUGAUGUCGAUACUGGCAUGAUUUUCUAAACCUAAAAUUAAAUUUGCCAUCCGUCUUUUUAAUGGAAUGUGUGAAGAACAGAAGAGAAAGAGAGAGAGAGAGAGAGC